CGUGCCCCCACGAGCAAUAACAUUAUAACAGUUCAUCACAAGCUCGAGUAAGGUUAGGUUGUUAAAUUUUCUUCCUUCACGAAUAAUGGCGUCAGGAGGUAUGAUUUUUUGCCCUUCACAUCCCGAUGCUCCUUUGGUAGAUGACUAUCGAGCCGGUGAUCAGAUUUGUUCCGAAUGUGGACUUGUUGUAGGGGACAGGGUUGUCGAUGUUGGUUCAGAGUGGCGAACUUUCAGUAAUGAAGCAGGUAAUGCAGAUCCCUCGCGAGUUGGUGCAUCCGAAAACACUCUGCUAAAUGGAACUAAUCUAACAACAAUGAUUGGACCCAGUACAAGUGGUGUCUCGUUUGAUGAAAAUGGGGGUACAGUGUAUAAGAAUAGACAAACGAUGAGCAGCUCUGAUCGGGCCCUUGUGAAUGCCUUCAAAGAAAUAAGCAACAUGGCUGAUCGUAUUAACUUACCCAGGACAAUUGUAGACAGAGCAAACAACCUUUUCAAGCAGGUUCAUGAUGGAAAGAAUUUGAAGGGUCACAGCACAGAUGCUAGUGCCUCUGCAUGUCUCUACAUUUCAUGCAGGCAGGAAGGUGUCCCUCGAACUUUCAAAGAAAUCUGUGCUGUCAGCAAGAUAGGCAAAAAAGAGAUUGGAAGAUGUUUUAAGUUGAUUCUCAAAGCCUUAGAGACCUCGGUUGACAUAAUCACGACUUCGGAUUUUAUGCCACGUUUCUGCUCGAAUCUUGGACUACCAUCAAUGGUUCAACGGGCCGCAUCGCAUAUCGGUCGUAAAGCAGUGGAGCUUGAUAUAGUUCCUGGACGUUCGCCGAUCUCGGUUGCUGCAGCAGCAAUCUACAUGGCUUCCCACGCCUCUGAUAAGAAAUUGACAAAGAAGGAAAUAGGUGAUAUUGCAGGAGUAGCUGAUGUCACCAUUCGCCAGUCGUAUGAAUUAAUGUACCCGCGUGCUGCAGAGCUUUUUCCUGCGGAUUUCAAAUUAAUAAUUAGUCAGCUUCCUCAACGUUAAGCGAAGUAGAGCUUUUUCAGUGAUUGCUACUUAUCCAUGCCAAUUGAUCUCUACAUCUUUUUUGAUAUGCUCAAAUAGUUGAAAACUUAAUCCGCAUCUGUCCAAAAUCCUAUCUGUUUCAGCUAGCUUGCAAUGUUGUUGACACUCCCGUACAAAAUUUCGCGAUAUUUUUUUUUCUUUGAAAAGUAGAUUUUAGAAUUUUUACGAUUACGGCGCGGUGUAGCAAUAAGGUGAGUUAACGAAAAUUUUUUAGCAGUGACUAAAUCAAAUUCUAGGUAUAUGGCUUUGAAAAUAAGCUUAUUGGCCCACGCAACUAUCACCAACGUUGUUGCUCUUUUCUUACUAUUCGGUUAUCGUUAAACUAACUACCACACUGCCUCUGUCAUCUUCGUUUCUUUAAAACAAAUUUUCAUGUUAUGGGUACAGGUCAUGUACUAAGGGACAAGCUUCCUGUAUUCUUCUGGUUAGUUGUCGUUUUGUUAUACACGUGUAUGGGCUGGAAUAGGUGCCACAACGGUUUCCUAACGAAUGCCGCUAUUUAUAUGUAUGUAAUCUAGAUUUAACCUAUCUAAAUCGGAAAACGAGUGCCUGUUAUGCUUACAUUGAGUUAUUACCAGACGGUCUCUUUUGUUUAAUUGAUGUCCAAUGUUCAUAAGCCAAGCUGAAGCAUAAGUUCGAAUCCUUUCGGUUUUGUAGGAGCUGAAUACAGCAAGAAAAAAAAC